AUGAGUCUCGCUGGGAAAAUUGCAAUCGUCACUGGCGGUAGCAGGGGCAUUGGGGCUGGAAUCGCCAAAGAGCUGGCCAAACGUGGCGCGAAAGUGCUCAUCACUUAUGUCGCCAACGCCGCAAAGGCAGAUGCCGUGGUGGAGGGCAUCAAAGCUGACGGGGGCGAGGCCCUGGCAGUCAAAGCAGAUUGUACGGACAAGGCCGCACCAAAGGUGGUCGUCGAUGCAGCGCUCAAGUUUGAUGGCGGAAUCGAUAUCAUCAUCAACAAUGCCGGGGCCGGCGAUGAAGCGUAUCUUCAGGACGCCACAUAUGAACACUUUGAAAAAGUGGUCAACACCAACAUGCGCUUUCCCCUGUUCCUGGUCCAGGCGGCGCUCCCAUAUCUUCGAAGAGGCGGGCGAAUCGUGAGCAUCGGCAGUGUCUGUGGCAGAGAAGGCUGGCCUAAGAACAGUGUCUAUUGUGCCACCAAGGCUGCCCUGGAAGCAUACGCCAGGGUAUGGGCUGUCGAACUUGGCCACAAAUAUGGCGUGACGGUGAAUAACGUGAAUCCUGGACCCGUUGCCACCGACAUGUGGGAGAUGGACACGACCGCGGAAACGCAUGAAGCCAUGUCAGAUUACUUCAAGAAGACCACUUCAGAGCCUCGGGUCGGGUAUGUUGAGGACAUCGUUCCUAUCGUUGCCUUCCUGUGCGAGGAAAGCGCACGCUGGGUUAAUGGGUCGACUACUUGUGCGAAUGGGGGUGCGUUGACGGUUUGA